AUGCACGUAUUUCUUAUUAUAUAUUAUACACACAUAUCUUUCAUCUUUCCAUCUUGGAGUUUAGCAAGUGUAUGUAUAUAUUUCUCUGUUUGAUGUUGUGCAUGUUGAGUUGACAUUGAAAUGGUGGAAGCUAAUGGAGAUGAAAAUAUGAAUAGCCAUAGGAAGAACAAAAAGCCUUGGGGAUGGAGAUUAAAUACAGGGAUCGGAACAAUGGUGAUUGCUGUUUUAUUAGCUGUGGCUCUUGCUUCUAAGCAUUCCCCGAACUUCUCUCUGUUCCUCGAUCAUCACAAGAUUUGUAGGUGUUCAAAGGAUUCUGGUGAAUUAUCAGGAAUAAUUGAGGAUUCUUGUUGUGAUUACGAGACAGUAAAUCGUAUUAAUGUAGCAGUGUUGAAUCCUAUAUUGCAGCAGCUAGUGAAAACUUCAUUCUUCAGAUACUUUAAGGUCAAGCUUUGGUGCGACUGCCCCUUCUGGCUUGAUGAUGGUAUGUGCAUGUUGCGAGAUUGCAGUGUAUGUGAAUGCCCUGAUAAUGAAUUUCCAGAAUCAUUUAAGAAGCCACCACACGGAAGUAUUUCAUCUAAUCCACUAAUAUGUCAAAGGGGAGAUCCCCAGGAUACUGUUGACCGAACACUGGCCACCAAGACCUUCAGAGGCUGGAUCGCAGUUGACAACCCAUGGACAAAUGAUGAUGAGACUGACAAUGAUGAGAUGACAUACGUCAAUCUGCAACUAAAUCCUGAACGUUACACCGGUUACACUGGGGCAUCGGCUAGAAGAAUAUGGGAUGCCAUAUAUUUGGAUAGUUCUCCAAAAUAUUCAUCUGGAGAAAGUUGCCAGGAAGAAAAAGUAUUGUACAAGUUGAUAUCUGGUCUUCACUCCUCAAUAUCGAUUCAUAUAGCAGCUGAUUAUCUCCUUGAUGUAAAAACUAACCAGUGGGGUGAAAAUCUUCAGCUGAUGUAUGAUCGUGUACUAAGAUACCCUGACCGUGUCAAAAAUCUGUAUUUCACUUAUCUGUUCGUCCUCAGAGCUCUGACUAAAGCGUCAGAUUACUUGCAGCAGGCUGAGUAUGACUCAGGAGAUCAUGCCGAGGAUUUAGAAGCGCAGUCCUUGAUGCAGCAGCUAUUAGAGAACCCAGAACUGCAAGAUGCAUGCCCACUUCCAUUUGACGAGGCUAAAUUGUGGCAAGGCAAAAAUGGGCCGGAACUGAAGCAGCAAAUUCAAAAGCAAUUUCGAAACAUUAGUUCCCUAAUGGACUGUGUAGGAUGUGAGAAGUGUCGCCUUUGGGGAAAGCUGCAGGUUUUUGGCCUAGGAGCAGCAUUGAACAUCCUUUUCUCAGUUGAUGAUAUGCACAACCAGGGCCAACCACUGCAGUUACACAGAAAUGAGGUGAUUGCGCUAGUAAAUCUUCUCAAUAAACUAUCCGAAUCAAUCAGGAUUGUCAAUGAGAAGGCAUCCUCUGUUGAAAGACUAAUGAAUGGGAUACCUAUAGAACCCCCCAAGCAAAACAUCAAGUUAUGGCAAGAAUUAUGGAAAACAGUCAUCAAUUUUGGGUACAGGUCACAGAUGUAGCUGAGAAACCUCCAGAGCUUUUUACAAAUUUUUGCAUAGAAAACCACAAUGUAUAUUAGCAUGUCAGAGGAUAAAUAAAUUAUCAGAAGAACAAGCCUGUUAGGAGGAGGAUUUUUUUUUUUAUCAGAUAAUAUUAACUUCAACAUUAGUAGGCAUUUCUGUUUGUAAAUUGCAAAAGGAGAAUGUGAUCUGCCAGAAUUGUACAUAUAAACAUUAUUUAUCAUGAUAGAUGUUAAUUUUUGUGAAUGAAAUACUUGCUUGAGAUUGAACAAGAA